AAUGAAUGUUUACAUUUGCUUUGCGUAUUUUCCGUCCGAGUAUGACGGAAUAUAUGUAAACUAUAACGAUUCAUAAUAUACUCAUAGGCCAAGAGCUUGAUGUUAUGUAUGUCACAUAACUAGUGGUUUAAAGUCAGUAUAUAGCAAGUUUAGGUCUACAUAUUGAAGAAACAGUUUUAGCUAGUUAGUUUUAACAUUGUUAAUCAUGAAGAAGUUAAAGGAACUAAUUGAUCAAGUUGGAAAACCAACGGUUUUGAAACAAGACAGAAUAGACACGAGUGCAAUCCAAGUCCCACAUUAUGUCUACAAAGAAGUUAACAGGAUCCGAAACCCCCAAGUCGAUAGAGAUACAAUCGCCAGCAUAAAUGAGGCUUUCUUUGUAACAACUACAGACCCGGAUCAACUAGAACUUGAGGCAAUGCCGGAUAACUCAACUUUGGAGUUCAUAGAAGCUAGAAGGGAAAGUCUUCAACGUCAACAGAAUGCUGUUUCCAAAAAGUUAUCAGAUGUUAUUUUACACAACCAGCCAUCUUAUAUAAAGGAAUUGAAAGAAGUGCAGGAGUUACAACGGAGCCUGCAUAAUGCAUUUGUUAUAUGUAGUAAUGGUAGAAGAGCCUUAAUGUCUGUUGGUGUGAGGUGUAGCACUGCGAGUUUGUCUUUACUUUCAAAUCAACAAAAACGUGAAUCCCUUUUAACCUUAUGGGAAGCUCUGCAAACUAUAAAAACACUUCAACAUUCAGAUGUCAGGUUAUCAGAGCUAAUGGAGGAUGAGGAUUAUGCUGGUGCAAUUCAACUCUGUUUGGAAUGUCAACAUGCUGCAGCCACUUACAAGCAUUAUCAUUGUAUUAAAGAUCUCAGUACAAAGUUACAGGACACACUGGAGUUAAUAGAGGAACAGAUAGAUGUAGCAUUAUCAAAGACUUGUCGUUUAUUUGAUCCAACUGUUUACACCAAGUUGCAGCAAGGAUAUCAACUUCUUGGAAAAACUCAGUCAGCAGUGGACCAGUUACUGAUGCAUUACACGGCCUCUAUUCAUAACACUGCGUUCCAAAUUGUAUUCGGAUUUGCUGAGCUAUCGAAAUGUGAAAGCAACCUACAAAAGAAACAAUACAAAGACAUCUGUUCACUUAUCAACAAAGACUUUUACAUUCCGUGCUUACUUGAGCUGUGUAAAGGUGUUUGGUCAAUCAUGUUGUGUUACCAUAAUGCUUCUAAGUGGCAUCAUAAGAACCAAGGUCAACUUACUGAUGACGAUAUUAAAAGUUACGUGAACGGCAAGUUAGCUCAUGGUCGCCACCGUGUGUGGAGUGAUGCCCAAUCGAGAAUCAAAACUUUUAUUUUAUCUUCGGAACUAAACGGGUUCAAAUACGAUGACUUUAUUAUGAUUCUGGAUAUUGUGAAAAGGUUUAUAGAAGUUGGUGAAGACUUUAUAACCGACCCCUCCAGCAAUGAGCAACCGAUAGAUAGUUUAACUGAACCCCUGAGGCAGCAAACCCUUUCAUAUUUCCACUCUCACCAUCGUACAAGGUUGGAUGAACUCCUAAUGUUCCUCGAGAAUGAGGCGUGGCAACCGUGCCCGGUUAGAUCUUCAUUUACUGUGUUUGGAAUGGAUGAAUUCAAGUUUUUAAAACAAACUUACCAAUUGACCCCAAAAGAUGAUCCCAAUACUGAGGUCACGACCCUUGACCCAGGGUCAAGAUACUUUGACCCCUUUAACAGCGAGGGUCAUCCUUUUUCGGACCUUCAAAAGUCUUCUCAAGAUCCUGAUUCUAACAAGCCAAAGCCACGAUAUGAUUCAUAUGAAAACAGUGAUGAUGAAGAUGAUAUUGAUCAUGAAUUAUCACUAGAUUAUGUUGAUGAAAAGACAGGAGAAUCUCCAAUGUCGGGAUCAUCAUCCACUCAGUCAUUAAAGAGUCCAAGCCACCCUCAUGGUCCUGUGCUUACCAAUACAGCUCUGCAUGUGCUUAGGUUAUGCGGGAGUUACCUUAAAAUGUGUGAUGUGUUGCAACCAAUUGCAUUAGAUGUCGUGAUUUGUAUGUCUCAGUUGUUUGAUCUUUACUUCUAUGCUGUGUAUGCAUUCUUCUCAACUGAUGAGGAAAAGCAUCGAUGUCGACUUGAUCGUCUUCAAUCGACCGUAACCCACAUAGAAACAACAUUAUUUACUCCUGAGGUUAACGGAAAAGCACCCAACGCUCAGCAGGAGAUGCCUCAAAUAUCCGUCCCUACCCUUUCCCCUGCUGUUGAUUUAAACCAACCCAGCUCGUAUUAUGGAAUCACUGAACGCAUUGUUGCAACUGAAUCACUAAUUUGUCUUGCCAGCCAGUUUGAAUUGCUUCAUAAAAACUUAGAAGAAAUGAUUCCUUCUUCUAAGAAAGCUUUUCUGCAACAAUUCUAUUCACAGACGGUCCGUGCAACAACUGAUGUCCGCUACCCUUCCUACCUUGGCAUCGCAAUCCACUCGGUUGACGUGGCAACCACUGUUAAUAGGAUGUCUAUGGUGAAUUGGGACGUGCGUGAAAUAAUGUCGCAACAUAACAACUACGUGGAUUUACUCUUAAAUGAUCUUUCUAAUUUUAGAAUCACUUUGUUUGGCUUAGUGAGAAGUGUUCGUCUUCCUGAUGAAGUAGUGAAAGUUAUCUGGCAACACUGUAUAACAAUAUGCAACCAAGCUUUUGUAGAAGGAUUUUCGAAUGUAAAGAAAUGCAGCAACGAGGGCAGAGCGCUGAUGCAACUUGAUUAUCAACAAUUCCUUAUGAAACUAGAAAAACUCACAAAUAUCAGGCCAAUCCCCAACCGUGAAUAUGUAGAGUCUUACAUUAAGGCUUAUUACCUCACUGAGACCGACCUGCACCAAUGGAUGAAUAAUCAUACCGAGUACAACCAUAAACAACUGACAGCUUUGCUCUCUUGUUCGGCUGCAACAUACACCUCGUCAAGUUCAAACAGGAAAACAAAACAACGCAUGAUGUCAUUAAUUGAUGAUCUCACCAAUAGGAAGUGACAUCAUAAUACUUCAUCCAUCCUAUAGUAGAAUGUAUCAUUGUGAUGUCACAAGGUGUUGUGUUGUUUAUGUAAUUCAUGAUGCACUUUAUCUAUUGUGACGUCAAAGAAGAUCGACGCUUGGGUAAUUCCCCUAAAAGAAGACCAAAUAUGGGUGAGCAAUUUUAUUGACAGCUAUCUACACACUGGUUCAAGUAACGUAAAAAGUGGAACAGUUUUAAGUUGUCACAAAUUAAAUACAAGUUCCAUCUUUCACAAAACGUCAUCAUCGUACGGUGCAAUAAUAUAUUGUUUCUAUGUCAAUACAAUUAGCGCUCCUCUGC